AUGACUAUAAACAAGGGUAAAACAGGAGUAGGCCAUGAUGUCCUGCGUGAAUGUAUUCAUAUGUAUGAUCCCCCUUAUGCAACCUUGUACUCGUAUGGUGCCUUUCAGCCAAGGAUCAAAAACAUUGCACAAAAUGACAAGAAUGGUCUUAUACCCGCCGCUCCCUGUGCCCACCCGCCCACAGGUCGCAUCCUUGACAUCCCCUGCAAGGUGUGCGGGGACCGCAGCUCUGGGAAGCACUACGGCGUCUAUGCCUGUGAUGGCUGCUCUGGCUUCUUCAAGCGGAGCAUCCGCAGGAACAGGACCUACGUCUGCAAGUCAGGAAACCAGGGGGGCUGCCCAGUGGACAAGACGCACCGGAACCAGUGCCGGGCCUGCCGGCUGAAGAAGUGCCUGGAAGUCAACAUGAACAAAGAUGCUGUUCAGCAUGAAAGGGGCCCACGGACAUCCACAAUAAGGAAGCAAGUAGCUCUGUAUUUCAGAGGACACAAGGAAGAGAAUGGAGCUACCCCACACUUUCCCUCUGCUGCUUUACCCGCCCCCGCCUUCUUCACUGCUGUCACCCAGCUGGAACCCCACAAUCUAGAGCUGGCUGCUGUGUCCACUACUCCAGAAAGGCAGACCUUAGUGGGACUUGCACAGCCAACUCCAAAGUAUCCACAUGAAGUCAAUGGUACACCUAUGUAUCUCUAUGAAGUGGCUACUGAAUCUGUUUGUGAAUCCGCAGCCAGACUUCUCUUUAUGAGCAUCAAAUGGGCCAAAAGUGUUCCAGCCUUUUCCACUUUGUCAUUACAAGAUCAGCUGAUGCUUUUGGAAGAUGCUUGGAGAGAACUGUUUGUUCUAGGAAUAGCACAAUGGGCCAUUCCAGUUGAUGCUAACACUCUACUGGCUGUAUCUGGCAUGAAUGGUGACAAUACAGACUCUCAGAAGCUGAAUAAAAUUAUUUCAGAAAUACAGGCUUUACAGGAGGUUGUGGCUAGAUUUAGACAACUUCGGCUAGAUGCUACCGAAUUUGCCUGUCUCAAAUGCAUUGUCACUUUUAAAGCUGUACCUACACACAGUGGUUCUGAACUCAGAAGUUUUCGAAAUGCUGCCGCCAUUGCAGCCCUUCAAGAUGAAGCUCAGCUCACUCUGAACAGUUACAUCCAUACCAGGUAUCCCACACAACCCUGCCGUUUUGGAAAACUCUUAUUGCUGUUGCCGGCUUUACGUUCAAUAAGCCCAUCUACAAUAGAAGAAGUGUUUUUCAAAAAGACCAUUGGGAAUGUGCCAAUUACAAGACUGCUUUCAGAUAUGUACAAAUCCAGUGACAUAUAAAUUACCUUAAGAAUAAACAAUCAGGAUGGACAGUUUGAGAAGAACUUUUAUUCAUGGAGAAUAAGCCUCAACUAACACACUCUACAGGAAGCAUAAGCCUGGGAAUGGUUAGCCUUUAAACUCACUGACAAAGGAAAAGUAUCCCAGUAGAUAUGAUUCUUCUGCCUUGAACAGAGUGCUUUAGAUCAUGGAGAGAAUGCUUUUCCACACAGAUGGACUGCAAUGGAUGGAAUUUGGCUGCUUCUCCUGUUACUAUAGGGUGGUAGCAAUUCAUUUGUCAGUCACAGUUAACAAAGACUAUGCUAUUCUCUCCUUUAGCCGGCAGAUUAAGAUAAAAUGUGAAAGAAGGUACUUUAUAUUUCUUUCAAUAUUUGGAAUUGUGUAACCAAACUUUGCUCCUAUUUGUUAUGCGACAUGAGGUGGCCUUCAGAACUGUUUUAAGAGUAGCUUAUGUUGGUGAAUAUGUUCUUAAUAUUAUAGGAAACAUUUAAAAUCAGGUUACCAAAACAUUGCUUCUGUUGUAAUACAUCAUAAAGUGGCCUUCAGAACUGAUUUUAAAGUAGCUUAUGAUGGCAGUUAUGUUUGGGAACCAAUAGGCCAGGCCUUCCUGUAAAAUGAACUGGUGAACUUUGAUGAGAACCUCACCAGAAUUUUGGUUUGGUUAACACCUAAAAGACAAAAGAGCUUUACACACACAGGCACGCACGCACGCACGCACGCACGCACACACAUCCAUCCCUAAAAACAAAAUAAAAGACAAGUCUGAUAAGACUAAAACAGCAAAACCAAAUAAAAUGGAGACGAUUGAUUUAAGCAUGCAGAUCGCUGUCCCAUUGACAUAGUGCUGAAACCAAAGGCAAUGGUGGCCAAACUAUUUGUCAGUGAGAUGUGCAGAAAGGUGAAAUAACUCACAAAAAUAAUGGGGAAAAAAAGCUUACUUUAGAAGAAAUAAAGAUGGCUGAUUGGUACAAUGCUAACGGUCUUUGAGACUCUCCAAUGCCUUUUUUUUUUAGAAGACUCCAGGUUCUAAUGAAAGCCUUGAUCAUCUACACACGUUAUAAGCUGCUUAUUUGAUAUGAGACAAUACAUAUGAAAAAGUAGGAAAAAUCAUUUAAAAGAUAGCUGCUGUACUUUACAAAUUUUGAUUUGUUGUUAGAAACUAGCACUGAGAAAAAUCAGCACUUGGACUAUCAUAGAAUGAGUAAAACUUUUCUUGUACAAAGUGGAUUAACUGAUUUGUGAAGUUAAAAAGUUGUACUCAUUGUAUUUACAAAGAAUAAAAAUAUAUUGGA